UGUGUGUGUGUGCAUGUGUGUGUGUGUGUGUGUGUGUGUGUGUGUCAGUUUGUGGGUGUUGUAUGGUACACAGUUUUCCUAUGUGAUUCAAAUACCUUAGAGAGGCAAAUAGAUUUUGCAGCAGAAGAGAUGAAGCUUGUUCCACUGCACACACUCGUCCUGCUCAGUGUGUUCCUCCACUCUGGCUCCUGUUCAGAUGGUGAUGGCCGGUGUGAACCCCUGUUUGUGCAUGUUGGGGAAAAUGCCACCAUCAAUUGCAGCAUCCCAAACCCAGAUCAGGACGGAGUUUACUUGUACAGACAGCGAGAGAACAGCAGAGAGUCGGUGUCCUACUAUUUCAAAGACGGAACCUUGACUCCUGCGGAAUUCGUAAAAGGCCGAGUGGAGACGAACAAGAACUUCAGAAAUUUCUCAGUGUCCAUCAGCAACGUGAGCGAGAAUGACAGCGGAGUUUACUGGUGCAGAUUUAACAAACGUGACAACUAUAUCAUCAGUGAGAGGACGUGUCUGAUAAUUCAGUCAGGAAACAAUAUUUUCAAUAAGAAAAUAUGCAGAGGGGAAAGUGAAUGUAACUGCUUUAUGAACUGGAUUGUGAUUGUUGUGCUGUCACUCAUCAUUGUGGUCCUGGCGGGUUUACUGGUGAAACUGUGUUGUGAUCGUGGACAGUACACCCCGAAGCAGCAUCCAUCUAACGGUGUGUAUGAGGUCAUGCGUGGCAACACCGUGAGGGCACUCAAUAACCCGGCGUACGAGUCCAGCCAGAGACAUACACGUUCUGAUUUAACCUGAUGGAUGUAAGAUUUCACCUUCUUUCUUCAGACUAAAUUGAAAUCAUUGAGUAGUACAGCUAAAUGACAUCUCAGUGACACCAAAGGUGUAUUAUUUAGUCCAGAAGUUCACCACUCUGAGGUUGUUGUUGUUUGUUAUGACAGUUCAGAGUCUUUGGUGUUGGAGGAACACAUGUUAGUUAGCCUGGAUGCUUAGGGUAAUUACAGUGUAAUUUUAUUCAAAUUGAUUUUUUUUAGUAGUUCCCCAAAACAUCUGAGGUAAAUGUUGAUGUUCUGGAUGUUUCUAUCUCAUUUCCACUCUCGAUGUGUCUUUACACUGUCUAUAAGAGACUUAAAAGCUAGCUAACUCACUAUCCUCAGCCAAUAGCAAGAUUAUAUGUGGCAUCCAUGUUUUACAGUUGCUUAGCAACAGUGUUUUCCUGACUUUAAUUAUUUGAAUGUCAGCUGUCAUGAUGUUAAAAACAUUUUUCUACCUGCACUUACUGGACCUUUCUGGUGCUUACUGGCCCAGUAUUAUAUCAAUAAAUAUAAUUUAUAUAUAAAUAUAAUAUGUUUCUAAAUAUGUAUAAUGGAACAUUCUAUAGGAAAUGUCUUUGUGUUUUAUGUAAUUAUUUAAAAGGUUACUGAAAAAACACUGAAACUUAACAAAAAUUUUUUAUUUUUGUGCAAAUGUAUAAAACCAUACUGUAACUUUGUAAUGAUGUGCCUUCAAUAAAUAAAGAUAGAUAAAUAAGUUAUUUUAGCAUUUUCUGACCUUCACUAGUACAGUAGCUCCAUACAGAUGAAAUGUUUUG